GGCGUUGAGUACCGGAGGAGGCCAGGAGGGGGCGGCGCUGGGCAGGACAUGGGAAGGCGGCAACGUGUGGGUGGAGCGCAGCGUAGCGGCUUCUAGUGCGUGCGGGCGGACGAAGGAACAAGGAAGAGGAAAACGCGUGCGGGAGGACGACGGACGAAAACCAAUGACGGAAACACUAUUACUUUUAUUAUCAGGUACAGAUUUGGUUGAACUAAGAAGGAUCAAAGGGUAUCUGAGGUCACAAUUUUGCAGCUUUAAUUGUGCAUUUGUGCGCAAAGAGGAAAGAUAGAACAGUACUAUCUGAUUAACUGAAAUAAGCAAUUACCACCGCACGAGUUCCUUCGCCAAAUCCCAACCCACACGGCCACACCGAACGAGAUCUGCCCUGCAUUUCCCUCGUGCGGUCGUGCCCCAACAUCAGGAAGACCUGGAGGAGCCGAGGAGGCGAGGAGCCCGGCUAGCCUCGCCGCUGCUAGCGCGAUCAACUGCAGCCAGGCCAGCCGCCGGCGAUCAAGCUCCGGUUGUCCGAUGGCAGGGGCACCACCACCUUGCUCACCCUUGUCGUGGUCGGACCUCCCGCUUGACCUGGCCGGCAUGGUGCUCGACCUCCUCCCUUCCCACGUCGACCGCGUCCGCUUCAGCGCCGUGUGCGUCCAGUGGUGCCGUGCAGCGCGGCAGCUCCCCAUGCAGCCGCCGCUCCCGCUGCUCUUGCUUCCGGAUGGCACGUUGCACAGCCUCCCCCGGAGUAAGUCUUUCCACGUCUCUGGCUGCGCAGGCUACGGCAGCGCCUGUGGGAAGUGGCUUGUGUUUUCACGUGACGACAGCGGCUGCUUCCUGAUGGACCCUUUCUCCAAGGCCACCGUGACAUUUCCUGCUCUGGCUAGCAUCCGUCGGCCAUUCGGGGAAUCUUACUUUGCGUAUCAGAUGGGCAUCACACAUAUGAUGAUCAAGGAAUCGAAGCAAAUUUUGUUCUCACCACACCUUGUAGCAGCAAUCUUCAACGUCCACUGGUCCAGUCACAUUGCUCUAUGCCGUCCGGGGAGCUCAUCGUGGUCGAUACUCACAGAGAAACAUUUUGGUUGGGACUUCAGUCAGAUGUCAUUUCACAAGGGAAACCUCUACACCCUUACAUGUAAUGAAGAUCUCUUUGCUGUCAAUAUCACCAAGGAUGACAUCACCAGUAGUCCAUGGGUAUCUCAUUUAGGUCAGGUUAUCAAGGGCCCUAAUGGAUUGUCAUCUACAUUCACAGCAUCACGAAACGGCAGGCUCAGCAUUAGGAUGCUCUACCUUGUUGAAUCGCGUGACACACUGCUGAUGGUUCGCAGGACGCUUUUCUGCAGAUGUAGGAGGCCGUCUGCUCUUGCACUGAAAGACAAGGGGAUUGUGGUUGAACGGAAUGAUUUCAAGGUAUUCGAGGCUGACUUAAGGCAGUUACGGUGGGCUGAGGUGAAGACCAUAGGUGAUGACCAGUCCUUGUUUCUAGGGCGGCGAUGCUCCAGAGCUAUGUCUGUGUCUCAAUACGAUAUGCCAGGAAAUCAUAUCUUCUUCUUGGAGCUUGAUGAUCAUGAUCGUUCCUUAUACGGUGAGAAGAGUUUGAGUUCUUGCAGUGCCUACAACAUUAGAGACGGCACGUUCUCUUCCCCUCUGCCAACGGGCUCGUGGAAGCGUGGCAUGGGGUUUGCGACCUGGCUCUUCCCUCAGAACUGAAGUGAAGCUAUACUAUAGCCUGUUGAAUACAUUAGUACAGUCUGAACUUAGAAUGGUUCUCGAAGAUGAAGCUGUGUCGGUUUGAUUUCAGCCAUUCUUAUAAUGAUUGAUGUUCUGGUCAUUAUUGAACACAAAAUGAACAAGCUGUACUUUUUACUCUUUCUCAGGAUUAUGACUCAAGUCAUAUUGCUUGCGGUCGCUAUACUGCACGCCUAUGUUUGUCUCCAGAACCUUGCAUUGCAAAUUACUUUGGUCAUAUAUACUACAAAUUGAAGACUCUUUCCCCA